UUGUACGUUAAAUAAUUUUUAAAAAGGUUACUCUAAUACGUUACAGCGUCAGGUGUGUUUCUUACAAAGUUGUACUUGUCGAACUGGGUUGAACUUAUGAAAACGAAAAAAUUGCAGGCGGUCACGCGGUGAAGCACGUGCUGCCGCAAAGGCGGGUUUUCUUGAAUCUUGGGCUUCAAAUUCAGGUUUUGACGACGGAGCCUCAAACUGAGUGAAGGGCUUUCGGUGACCAGUGGCAUGACGCAGAAUUCUGUGCGCUCUGCCACACAGGAGAGGAUGAAGAAGACCAUCACGGCGGAGCAGAUCACCGACUGGUUCACGCUCGGCACGCAGCUGAGACACAUGGCGGUGACAGAGCGGCGUUUGCCGGGCACGAGCAGCGGCCACGGCUCUCCAGAGGAUAUUGUGGCACUGGGCAGCCCAAACAGUGAUGAGGACAGCAAUGCCAAGUGCACAAGCAGCUUGCUGCUGCAGGCUCCUCCACCACCGUUGACCAGCUAUAACUACCCCUUGCUGCCCAUCACCAAGGAUCGAGAGAAACUCAUUUCCCUGAUUGAGAACAACUCGGUGGUGAUCAUCCGGGGGGCCACAGGAAGCGGGAAGACCACACAGCUGCCCCAGUACAUCAUGGACCAUUACAAUGAGAAGAGAAAACCGUGCAAAGUGGUGGUUACUCAGCCACGUAAGAUUGGUGCCAGCAGCAUUGCCCGCUGGGUUGCUCAAGAGCGCAAGUGCACACUGGGUGAUCUAGUGGGCUACCAGGUGGGGCUGAAGAAGGUGGCCACAGAGCGCACAAAGCUUAUCUACAUGACCACUGGAGUGCUAUUGCAGAAGCUGGUGGGAAGCAAGAGCCUCACAGAGUUCACACACAUCUUCAUAGAUGAGGUCCACGAACGCACAGAGGAGCUGGACUUCCUGUUGCUGGUGGUGAGGAAGCUGCUGUAUUCCAACUCGUGGUUUGUCAAGGUCAUCCUCAUGUCAGCCACCAUCAACUGCAAGGAGUUUGCAGAGUACUUCAGCACACCUGUCUUCAGCCAGAUGAGCCCUGCCUAUGUGUUUGAGGUUCAAGGAGCACCAUAUACUGUGGAGGAGUACUACCUGGAUGACCUACACAGCCUGUGUCCCCACAGGGUGGUCAAUCCCAGUCCUGAGGAUCCCACCAUCGCUCCAGAGAUGUACAACCUGGCCAUCAGCCUUAUCCAGAGCUUUGACAAGAUGGAAGCCAAAGACUGGAGUGCUGCGGCAGAGGACUGCAGCAACACAGCCCUCCCGGAGCGGGGCAGUGUGCUGGUGUUCCUGCCGGGCCUGGCUGAGAUCAACUACAUGCAGGAUGAGUUGGCCACCUUGGUCCGCAAGAGGCUGCAGGUGUACCCACUCCACUCUACAGUAACCCUGGAGGAACAGAAUGGGGUGUUCCUGGUUCCAGUUCCAGGGUACAGGAAGAUUAUCCUUUCUACCAACAUCGCCGAGAGUUCCGUCACAGUGCCUGAUGUGAAGUACGUGAUCGACUUCUGCCUCGAGCGACAACUGGUAUGUGACAAGGAAUCCAGUUAUCAGUCCCUGCACCUCGUGUGGUCCUCCAAGGCCAACUGCAAUCAACGGCGAGGUCGAGCAGGACGUGUUUCCAAGGGCUACUGUUACCGACUGGUCACCAAAGAGUUCUGGAAGAGGGAGAUCCCAGACCAUGCAGUUCCAGAAAUGCUGCGUGCCUCCUUGGCAAGCACCGUGCUCAGGCUGAAGUUACUGGACAUGGGAGACCCCCGCACCCUGCUGUCUACUGCCUUAUCCCCACCUAAGCUGGGAGACAUUGAGAAGACCAUACUACAACUUAAGGAGCUGGGUGCCAUGUCACACAUUCAAGAGGACCAGGGUCAGAACCGGUUCGAUGGAGAGCUGACGUUCUUGGGCAGAGUGCUGGCUCACCUGCCUGUGGAUCUGCACCUUGGCAAGAUGAUAGUGCUGGGUCAUGUCUUCGGCUGCCUGGAGGAGUGCCUCAUCAUCGCUGCUUCCAUGUCCCUCAAGAGCUACUUUGUGUUGUCCUCUGUUCAGCGGCUGGCUGGCUACCGGAGCAAGCUGGCGUUUACAGAUGGAGUGCCGAGUGAUUUCAUUGCUUUUGUCAAUGCCUUCAAGGCUUGGCAUAUAACCAAGAGCAAAGGAGAAUUCAGAAACGCUGCGGAUGAGCUCAAGUGGGGCAAAGAGAACUGCAUCCAAAUCAAGAGGAUCCGGGAGGUGGCUGAACUGCUGGAGGACCUGAAGCAGCGUGUGUCUCAGCUCAACAUGCACGUGAGAGAGAAGCCAGACCCUGGGGACUACGAGAGCCUUCACAAGCAGAGGUUCAUCCUGCAGAUUGUCAUUGCAGGAGCUUUUUACCCCAAUUACUUCACUGUAGGGGAGAUUGAUGAGGAGUUGGCCUCCAGGGAGUUAUUUUGGCACGACCCCAAAACAACAGUCCUGGUCAGAAACAUCCCUCCCUAUGGGUUCCUCUACUACAAGCAGCUGCAGUCGCUGUUCCGCCAGUGUGGCCAGGUGAAGGCCAUUUCCUUUGACAGCUCCAGGGCAUAUGUGGAAUUCAACAAGCCAUCAAGCCUGGGGACAGGGGUCCUCCCUGAGGUGUCACUUGCCCUCCUAAUGGCACGUCAGCGCAUCCCGCUGGAACUGUUUGUCUACUCCACUGAAGAGGUGGAAGCCAAAGCUGGCAGCAGGACUGUGUCACACUUGCGGUACUCGCGAGUAAAUGUAGACCUCCAGAACCACUCUGUGUACCCUGUGAGCAUUCUGAGCAACCUCGUUGACCCAAAUCAGUUUCCCUCCAACCCUCAGUUCAUGGUCAGCAUCACUGAGGUAGUAGAAGUGGGCCACUUCUGGGGCUUCCAGGCUGAUGAGGCUGACCUGGAGAAGCAACAUCAGUUGACUGCAGACAUCAACGGGCGAAAGCUUCAGCCACUGUCCGGGUUGCUGUACCCCAACCAGCUGUGCCUGGCGCCUUUCUCCGAGGACCGGACUACAAGCCAGUACUUCCGAGCCAGGAUCCUGCAUGUGUGGGGAAGUGAUGUGGAGGUGUUUUUUGUGGACUAUGGCAACGUAAGCCAUGUGAGCGCCAGUAGCCUGAGGGAGCUGCCCGAAGACCUGUUGGAACACCCCUUCCAGGCCCGGGAGUUCCAGAUUGCUGGCAUUCGGCCCUCGGCCCAGUCUGUCAUACUGGGUGGGCGGUGGAGCAGCAGAGCACGGAAGCGCUUCAUCUCGCUGGUGAGCGGGCACGGCCUCGUCGCCUCGCUCUUCUCAAUUCUGCACGGCGUAAUGCACAUCGACCUCUUCAUCAGCGCCGACAGCAUCAGCACCAGUGUGGUUGACAUCAUGGUCCAGGAGGGUCAUGCCCUCAAGGCAGAGGAGACCUUUGAGUCCAAGCAGAACCACGAGGAGCUGCAGGUGCUGUACAAGGACCUACAGAAUGACACCUUUAUGCCCAACUCAGUCAGCACCUCCUACAUGGUCCAAAAGAAGGAGGAGAAGCAACUCAUUGACAGCUUGCUGGAGGCCUUCUCCAAGACCAGCUGGUCCACUCGCAAAAGCAGGGUCCUGGUCCAUGGCCCUACCAGCCCUCACGCAAUGAAGUUCUACAAUAUAUGCCACAAUGGACAGUACAGGUCUGUGUUCAUAGAGAGCACCAGUGUAAACUCUGUGGCUGUCAAAGAGAAUCCCCAGGACGUGUACCAGAGAGUUCUGGUGGCGGGGAGGGUGUCCGUUACCGCAGCCGGCUCCCACAUACUGCUGAAGGAGACCACACUCAUGCCCAGUAUUGCUGGCCUGCCUGCCCUGCUCUGUAUGCUGUUCGCCCCUGUCAUGGAGUUGCGCACUAACGAGGAGCGUACCUGCUUCACCGGGGCACUAUGUGGGCUUGGCUGGAGCGUCCAUACCCACGAGCCCAUUCUGCCAGAGCACGACAUCGAAAUUACCUUUGACGUCCGCUUCGAUGUGGAGGAUAUCACUGAGAUCAACAGCCUGCGGAUGGCCAUCAACUGCCUCAUGCGUAUGGCCCCUAAUGGAGCGUUGCACGUGGACGCAGAGCGGGUGCGCCGGCAGCAGGAGGACGUGCGCGACAAAAUCAUCAGGUUGUUCACGAAGUCUCCUUCGAGGGACUGCGUGAUUCCUCAGUACUAUGAGAAGCCCUGCAAGUGGAACCAGGGGGACCCCAGUCAGAAGAAGGAAUGCUUGCGGAACGAUGGAAGAACCAAAGGGGUCGUCUUCCAGCUGCAUCCCAUUCCACUACUUAAUGUGUGAGAGUGUUUGCAUGUCUCAGCACUUGUGCUUUUGUCCCAUGUUUUCAGUUUUGUGGUUGCAGGGACAGUAGGUAGGCCUGUUCCCUAGUGUCUUCUGCUUUGGAAAGUUUGCUGGUUCCAGGCUAUGCUGCUGCUUUUUAAAAGAGAAACUUUUUUUUUGGUCACCACUAGGGGGCACUAAUUUGAGGAAUAAAUCCUUGGCC